AUGGCGAUUGAUAAUGUAUUUUCUACACAUGGAUUGAGCAUUUUUAGAUUGCGUGGGCAAGGUUAUGAUGGGACUAGCAAUAUGCAAGGUAAGUUCAACGGUCUCAAAACGCUUAUUCUGAAAGAGAAUGAAAUUGCUUUUAAUGUUCAUUGUUUUGCUCACCAACUUCAGUUGGCUCUUGUUGCUGUGGCAAAGAAUCAUGACCAGAUUUCCACUUUUUUCGUAUUUGUCGUUAAUGUGGUGAAUGUAGUUGGAGCCUCGUGUAAACGUCGUGAUAUGCUUCGCGAGAAACAAAUUGUUGAAGUAAUAGAUGGACUUAACAAAGACGGGCUCACAAGUGGGCAAGGCCUAAAUCAGAGUACUUCUCUUAUACGUGCAGGAGACACCCGUUGGGGUUCACAUUAUGAUACUUUAAUUAGCUUGAUUACAUUGUUCUCAUCUGUAAUUGCUGUUCUUGAGUUUAUCGAAAAAGAUGGAUUGAAAUCUGAUCAAAGAGGCGAAACAUCUAUUUUACUUGGGUCAAUACAAUCCUUUAAUUUUGUAUUCAAUCUCCAUUUGAUAAAGACAUUGUUGGGCAUGAUAACUAAAUUAUCGAAACCACUACAAAUAAAAGAUCAAGAUAUCGUGAAUGCCAUGGAGCUUGUCAAAGUAUGUAAGCAACGACUACAAAUGAUGAAGGACGAUGGAUGUGAUUCUUUGCUUGAUAAAGUUUAUUCCUUUUGUGAGAGACAUGAGAUUGAUGUUCCUAACAUGGAUCAUAUGUUCAUUACUCAAGGAUGA